AUGGCUUCCAUGGCUGCCACGGCGGUGGCUGAUUGCCGCACAUUGCGGUGUAUAGGCUCGACACCCUCGUCGCAAUGCCGUGCGACGCCCGUCGCCUCGCUGCCUGCUCGCCGCAUCCCCGUCGCCUCUUGCACGCGCCGCUCGCUCGCCAGCGUCGCUCACGUCGCCUCGUGGCAACGCUGCGACUCGCGCCGAGUGAUUCAUCAAAGCGUUGCGCGGGGCGGGGCGGUGCGGGCGGCAGCGGACGAGGAGGUGGAGGAGGAGCUGAUGAUGAUCGAGGAGAGCGCGAUGGAGCGCAUGGAGAAGACGCUGGACAGCGUGAGGGGCAACUUCAACACGGUCAGAACGGGCCGAGCCAGCCCUGCCCUGCUGGACCGCAUCGAGGUGGAGUACUACGGUGCGAAUGUGAUUCUAAAGAGCAUAGCCCAGAUCGCUGCCCCUGAUGGCUCCAUGCUGCUCGUCACUCCCUUCGACAAAUCCAGCAUCCCAUCCAUAGAGAAGGCGAUUAUGAAGUCAGACGUGGGCCUCACACCCUCCUCCGACGGCAAUGUCAUCCGCCUCGCCAUCCCGCAGCUCACCGCUGAACGCCGCAAGGAGCUGCUGAAGACUGUAUCAAAGCUGUCUGAAGAUGGCAAGGUGGCGCUGCGCAACGUGCGCCGGGACUCCAUCAAGGCGUAUGAGAAGCUGCAGAAGGAUAAGAAGAUCUCAGAGGAUGCUCUCAAGGACCUUUCAAAUGACAUCCAGAAGAUGACUGACGACUAUGUGAAGCAGAUCGACACGGCCUUCAAGCAGAAGGAGAAGGACCUGCUCACGGUGUGA